AUGUCGUCUUACAUCUACAGAGAGCGCGAGCGAGAAGACGACUGGGACGAACCCCGUUCUUCAGGCGUUUCCGUCAAGCGCUACGUCAUACCUCCCGAAGAUCGAGAACGAGAGCGAGAGCGAGACUUUUUAUUUCGGCGCGAAGAUUCAGGCCCCAGUGAUCGGGAAUUGGUUAUCCGGCGCACCACUGAGCGCGAAGAGCCCAUCAUGGUCCAGCGCUACGAGCGUGAGGUUGACUACGAUCGCUCCGACAGAGACUACUACGAACCUCGGGGCCCCGUUUAUAUCAACCCACGUGAAUCGGACUACGAGAUGAUCCACCGCUCAGAGGUGGACCGAGACCGAGAACCAGCCUACUACUAUCAUCGCCGUGUCCGAGAGUACGACAAUGAUGACCGCCGCAUCCGACGAGAGCUCAGCCCUAGCGACUCUGUCUCCCAAGCAACCCGCCGCCGCGACGAUGACUACAGCAGCGAUGACAGCAUGGUUUACAUCCGCAAAGAGACCAAGGAAUACGAUGACCACCAUCGCCGCCACCUUGCCUCGGGUGCCCUGGUCGGCGUAGGCGCCGCAGAACUGCUCCGGAGUCGUUCAAAGAAAAACGGAGGGGAAGUCUCCAGCGGUGCUGGCCGUCUCGGGCGCGAUGUAGGCGCCGGUGCCUUGGGCGCCGUUGCAGUCGAAGCUGUCUCGCGAGCCAAGGAUUACUACCGCAGCAAGAGCCGUCAUCGCUCCCACUCCUUUGAUGACGACCGCAGCUCGCGUUACAGUCAUCAUCGCCACUACAGCCACAGUCACAGUCACUCCCGUCAUCGGCGCAGCCGCAGUCGAUCUCAUUCUCGCUCUCGCGCUCGAACCUUUGCCGAGAUUGGUUUAGGAGCCGCAGCCAUUGCUGGUGCUGUAGCUCUAGCUCGGAAGAAGUCAGACAAAGACCGACGCAGUCGCUCGCGCCACCGUCGAGGAGUGAGCUCGUCUAGAUCGGUCAAGGGCAGCGAGGAUGAGAAACGCAGCGAGUCACGCCGCCGCAAGCACAUGGCAGAAGCCGGUCUAGCUGGCGCUGCCGUAGCCGGUCUUGUUGAGAGAGCUCGCAGCAAGUCGAGGAGCAGGCGGUCUCGCUCUCGAUCCAAGAGCAGACUCAGGAAAGCUCUUCCCGUCGUGGCAGCCGGUCUAGGAUCCGCCGUAGCAGCCAACGUAUGGGAUAAACACAAGGACAAGGAAGCCGAAGAGGCAGUACACCGGAAAGACCGCCGACGUUCCAGAUCGCGAGGCCGGCCGCAGUCCGAAAUCUAUCCCGACCCUACCCGAGAUUCUGCCGGCCUGAUCGAGUACGGCGACCACCCAGUAACCGGAAGCAUUCCCGCCGCAAACUACUACGGACGUCCUGUCAGCUCUCAGGGAUACCACACCGAUGCAUCUGACCCAGUAGCUCGUGGUGCUGCUGGGCACCGUGGUCGGACCCGCAGCCGUAGCCGCAGUCGCAGCCGGGCACGGUUCAGCAGCAGCUCGCCGGACUCCAGCGGCGAAGACCGCCGACGACGCAGAAGCCGUCACAGGCAUCGCAGCAAGUCUCGCGAUAUAGCAGGAGCUGCUCUGGCCGCCACAGGGGUUGGGUAUGCGGCUCAUAAAUACUCCCAGCAUCGAGAGCGGGAGAGAGAAGACAGGGACAGGCAGCGAUAUGACAGCGAUGGGCGCCCCAGCCCGUACGAGGAACCAUAUAGCCCCGGUCCUUAUGCGGCUUCCCCUAACCCAGGCGGAUCGCUUGAUCCCCAAUUCCGAAAUGCCAACUACUAUCCGCCGCCGCCAGGUUCAGCGCCUGUCCCUCCCAUGACACCAAACCCGUACAACCCGGCUGAUUAUCCUCCUCCAAACGCUGCCCCUCCCCAACAGUACAAUUAUCCUCCUCCCGGGCCGGAUCCCUACGCCAAUCGGCCACGGAGGGCAGAUGAGAAUGUUUAG